AUGGCCAUCUCCAGACCUGAAGACAUAGUUUAUGGAUACUUGCGCACGCAGGGUGUCGUCUACCAACUUGAGGAACUGGAAACAUCCAUUGGACGCGGGGAAGAGUGCAGCUUGCAGCUGGAUGGUAAGGGAAUCUCUCGGCUUCAUGCGCGCCUGAGUUUCAACGGCAGGCGCCCGCAGCUCCUCGAUCUGGGCUCCAGCAAUGGCACUUUUGUGAAUGGCUUACGGCUGAAACCCAGCAUCCCGCAUGAAUUAAGGCAUGGUGACGUAGUGCGCUUUGCGCAGGCACGAUGUACAUAUAGUUUCGAGUUGCCACCAGAAGCCCAGAGAAGCCCGAAGGUGCCUAAGCAACCUGCCGAGCCACAAUGCGCAGAAGAGGCCCCACGACGCUCCGCUUUGAAAUCGGCUAAGGAAGAAGAGGAAAGCAAGGAGAAGCCAGGCGCCGAAGUUUCUCACGUCGCCGCAUGCGGUGCCGGCGCCGCAGGCGCCGUGCCCUGCGUUAAUGUCUUGCCAGUGCCCUUUCCAGUCAUGCAGCCCCAGCCAAUUCAGCCGAUGCAGCCAAUGCAGAUGUACCCACCAACACACUUCCCACAUCCUCCAGCCGCUUAUCCACAGUCCCUGCUCGAAGCGCAGCCUCCAGACCCUGUUGCACGACCCUUUUAUUCUCAAAGAUGGUCAGCAACUGAUGAAUCACAGCUGCUGCAUAAGCAGGACCUACUACUCCAGAGGCUGUGGAAACUGGAGGAAAAAAUUUCACACCUGGCUGAUGCGAAUCUAGAGGUUUGCCAAAGAGCAAGUCAGGAUCAGCAUGCAGACGCCAGAGAGAGUGACAAAUGUCACGACUCAGGCGAGCAGGUGGACCAGCCGGAGCAGGCUGGAGAAGCGCAUUUGGUGGCGGCCGCUCUCACUGCAGCCUCAGAGCGCCUUGCAAGUAUCGCAGAGCGUCAGGAUACAGGCUCGCCCACAGCAUCUCGAUUCAAAGAUGGCUCUCCGCAAGCUGUUGGUGUUAAGCGAAGGGACGAAAAGCUCGAAAAUGUGCCGGCUCUAAGUAGCGCCAGCAACCUUCCAAGGGAGGCACCCGAGGCCCGCGAUGGACUGAUAGCGGAGAUGCAGCGCACGCUCUCCUUAUACGAGAUGGUGGCAGGUUCCAACCCAGUGUCAACGGAUAUUGGUCAUGCUCCGGACGACUCCAGCUCAUCCUCUGGGUCCGUGCAGAAGCGUCCUAGACCCAUGUUUGAAGGGGCUGUUCCGGAAACUUCUGUCGUUCUAACAGCUAUCCUGUCGGUGCUCGACGAGUUGGCUGGAAUGGGUUAUGCAAAUCCAAACGUGGGGGGGCACCGCAAGUGGAAUGCCUUGGCCAACGAGCGGGCAAGGCUUGCAAAAGAAGAGGCCCUGGAACUGGAGCGAUUAAUGGGGCUGGAAGAGGAGGAAGCUAGUCUCCGUCAAAGCACGGAGGCUGAACUCAGAGAACUCAGUCGGCUGCUAGAAUCUGAUGCUAUUGAGCUUGGGCAGCAUGGGGACCACCCCAUGUUCCAGGACCUGCCGCAAACCAAGAUCACUGCUGAGCAAGCGCAUGGUUUUCUCCAGACUGAGUUGAGCCGCAUGGAGGCUGACAAAGCACGUCUGGAGGCUGAAGCCGCCAGAAUGUCUAGCAAGCUCUUGGAGGCACAGCAAAACUACCGUGAGGAGAAGUUCAAGGCUGACACUGCCUUGAAGUUCUUCGCCAGCGCCGAGGAGCGUGCAGAUGAGAUGCAGGAGUGGCUCUACUCAGGCCGUGCUCAGCGCCUGGCAGCGCUUGAGAGGAUGCAGCGUCUGGCGCAGACCGAGCUGUCUGAAUGGCACAUGGGCAAAAGCAAGGUCUGCUGUGGCGCGCAGGAACAAUCAGGCUUUCGUUGCUGUUUUUAUUGGGCAUUGCAGGGCUGGCCCCAUCGAUUCUGGGGCCACAUUUCCAGAGGGUCCUAG